AUGGCCAAGAUACUUCAGACAUGCAAAUUGAUUAUCUGGGAUAAAUGUACAAUUACCCACAAGAGGUCACUGGAAGCACUAGACAGAACAUUGAAAGAUUUACGUGACAAUCAAAAUAUUUUUGGUGGAGCAAUGAUUUUGUUGUCAGGUGAUUUUCGCCAAACUCUUCCAGAUAUACCACAAUCAAGUGUUGCUGAGGAACUAAACGCAAGCUUAAAAUCAUCAAAUCUGUGGCGUCAUGUUAAGAAACUCCAGUUAACAACAAACAUGCGAGUGGUUUUGCAACAAGAUGAAACAGCGAAAGUGUUUUCAAAGCAGUUACUAAAUAUUGGAAAUGGUAAUGUCGCAGUUGAUGCCUCGAACGGAUAUACCAACCAACAAUUUCACGAUCUCAAUUGGCUGAGCGAACGAGCAAUAUUGGCGGCGAAAAACAAAGAUGCCGAUGAUCUUAAUGCAACAAUACAAAGUUUACUUCCAGGAGAAUGCUUUACUUAUAAAUCUGUAGACACCGCUACAAAUCAGGAUGACAUACUCAACUAUCCUACAGAAUUUCUAAAUUCAUUAAAAUUGCCUGGGCUGCCACCACAUAAUUUACAAUUGAAA